AUGAAUGGAAGGAGGAGUGAAGAUGAAAAUCUGUAUCCUUUGAUGGUAAACUCUUCAAAUGUAACUGUGAGACGUCCAAUAAUUACUAGAAAUUCUUCUGAUGGAACAUCUAAUGUUAAAUCACCACAAUUAUUAAGUAAUAUUAAUAAUUCUAACUCUCCAACAAUAAUACAUUCAAAUAAUAGUGUUAAUAAAUUAUUAGAAGGAUUAAAUAGCAUGUCAUCAACAAGUAUUUUAAUAAAAAAACAAGCAGAAAUACAAAUGAAGGCAAUGAAUUGCAUGACUAAAUGGGCUAUAGAAAAUGAUAAUGCAGCAAUAGAUGAUGUAAUGAGAAAGACAAAUGAAGUAUUUAGACUACUUUCUGAUAGAUUGAUACAUUUUGCCAAUGAACAUGAAGCAUCUAUUAAAGUACUUAAAAAAAUUGAACAAACAGAAAAAGCUAUUAAGAUGGGUGAAAAAAAGUUAUUACAAAUUAAUGAACAGGAAAAAAAAAUAACAAAAGAUAUUAAAAAAUUUUCUAGAACAUCAUCAUCUUCAUUUUUUAAAAGUAGAAAACCAACAGAUUUAGCUAUAUUACAUCAUGAUUUAAAUAAGAUUAAAAAUGCUAAAAUUAAUGCUGAAAAAGAGUUAAGUGAUGUUAAAGCUGAAAUGGAAGUUGUAAAAAUGUUUAGAUUCAGAAAAGGAAUGGAGGGAAUGUCUAUUGCAUGGAAAAAUUUUGCUAUCGAUUUAGCUUCAAUAUUUACAUGUCAACAGGAAUUAAUAAAUAUGGUUCCAGCUGUAUCAACAGAAGAUGUUAGAGAAAUGAUCUAUGAAGGAGGUACUCAGACAAGUAGUAUUGUUGAAGAUUUAAAAGAAAAAUUAAGAAUAAAUAAUUUUUCAAGUAAUAAUGAUAGAAAUUAUGGUAGAAGAAGUGAACCAGUAAGAUCACCACCACAAUUAUUAGGUGAAUGUACUAGAAGAGGAACACCACCACCACCAUAUUCUUUAGCAAUUGCACCAGAAUAUGAAACACCAACACCAAGAAGACAUUCAACAUACGUAUCACCAGCUUCAUCAGAAGAUUCAGAUUACUCAUCUAGUAGUAGUACAAAUGGAAAUAGACAAAAUGAUAGAACUCCUUUAAGAGUACCAAUUUGUCCAAAUGGACAGAUACCUAAUGGAAGACUUUAUCCUACUCUUUCUCCAAAUCCAUAUAAGGAACGCCUUCGUUACCGUAAUGGAAAUCGUCUUUCUCAUUAUCAAAAUCAUGAAACAGCAGCUUAA